AUGGAGCAUGCUGUGGAUGAUGGCCGCAUUAGAACAGGUACUGUGUGGAGUGCAACAGCACAUGUUAUCACGGCCCUCGUCGGGUCUGGCAUACUGACACUUCCGUGGAGCUUCGCUCAACUAGGCUGGAUAUUGGGUCCAUUGAUUCUAAUUCUCUUCGCGGUCAUCACCUACUACACUGCAGUUCUUCUCUGUAACUGUUACAGAUCUCCGGACCCGAUCAGCGGAAGGCGAAACUACACUUACAUGGAAGCAAUCAGAGCAUGCCUAGGUGACAAAGAAGUAUUUCUUUGUGGGAUCAUACAAUAUGCAAUACUCUGGGGAACUAUGGUGGGUUAUACAAUUACUGCUGCUAUGAGCAUGAUGGUCAUCAAGCAGUCACAUUGUUUCCACGAGAGAGGCCAAAAUGCGCCAUGCAAGGUCUCGGGACUCUUCUACGCUGUAAUCUACGGUUUGAUGGAAGUGGUAUUAUCUCAGUUUCCGAACUUGGAGAAAAUUGCAGCUCUUUCAUACACAGCUGCAGCGACGUCAUUUGCGUACUCCGUAAUCGGUUUAUACCUAUGCGCACUAGAAUUUUUUUCUCAUCCCAAGUUCCGAGGAUCUUUAUAUGGAGUAAAGGUAGCGAGUCGUAGUAUCUCGCCAACUACAAAGAUCUGGCAUUUCUUUCAAGCACUUGGGAACAUUGCUUUCGCUUACUCUUACGCAAUGCUUCUGAUAGAGAUACAGGAUACUUUGAAGUCCCCACCAGCCGAAAAUAAGACAAUGAACAAAGCAAGCAUAUACGGGAUUGGCGGGACGACAAUAUUCUACAUUUCUCUCAGUUGCGUAGGAUACGUGGCUUUUGGCGACACCACCCCCGGAAACAUCCUCACAGGAUUUAAAAAGCCCUUCUGGCUCAUCGACAUCGCACAUUUGGCUCUCCUUAUACAUCUUGUUGCAGCAUAUCAGGUAUUUGCGCAGCCAAUCUUCGCGUUCUACGAGCAGCGGCUCGCGACAAAAUGGCCCAACUCAGACUUCUUCAACAGAACAUACGCCGUAAAGAUUCCAUUCUGCAAAACGAAGACGAUAAAGUUCACGCUCGCCAAGAUCUUUCUGCGAACAAUCUUCGUGGCGUUUACAACCGCGACUGCGAUGAUCUUUCCGUUCUUCAACGCGAUCGUCGGCUUGCUAGGCUCCAUGGUCUUUUGGCCAUUGACAGUGUACUACCCUGUGGCCAUGUACAAAUCUCAAGCAAAGAUCAAGAGGGGACAGAAGAAGUGGAUAAUACUACAACUUAUAAGCAUGAUCUCUCUGCUAGUUUCGGUUCUCGCUAUUGUCGGAUCAGUCGCGGAUAUCAUACUCCACAUCAAGCAUGCUGGUCUCCUCAAAUUUGAAUUGUAA